AUGUGUAGUGAACGAGGAUGUGGUGUAUACAUCCACACAAGUGUUACUGAUGAACUUUUAUCUAUUAGUGGUGAUCAUAAUCAUUCAGCAAAUCCAGACCAAAUAGAAGUUAAACUUCUUCGAGACAAAAUGAAAGAACGAAUAUUAGCUGAAACAACGUCCAUUACAAAAAUAUACGAUGAAGAAAUCGCGAAGGCGAAUCUUUCAAAAUCAGCAACAGCAAUUAUUCCAACUGUUGUGGAAUAUCGAUCCAAUAUGAGUAAAGCACGACGAAAAAAUACACCUGUAAUACCAUCAUCUGUCAUGUUCGAUAUUCCAGAAUUAUACCAACAAACACUUGCAGGCAAACAAUUCUUGCCCAUAGAUGUGUUUUUAAAACGUGGUAAAGAUCGAAUUUUGGUUUUUUCAAGUGACCAGCAGUUAAAAAUUUUAUUUGAAAGUGAUACAAUUUUUAUGGAUGGUACAUUUGAUAUAGUACCAGCUCAUUUUAAACAAGUUUACUUAAUUCAUGCUCAUAAAUUUGGUCAAGGAUUACCAGUUACAUUUUGUCUUCUGCCAAAUAAACGUGGAAAAACAUAUACCGAAUUAUUUGAAAGAUUAAAAGAACAAGCAUGUCUUAUGGGUACACAGUUCAAUCCAAAAUGCAUUAUUACAGAUUAUGAACCCGGUUUAAUGCCUGUUGUGGAACAAGAAUUCCCUGUAGCUAUCCAUUCUGGAUGUAUGUUUCAUUUUAAUCAAGCCAUUCAUCGAAAAAUUACAGAGUUAGGCUUGGCAAAUGAUUAUUUACAUAAUGAAACCAUUCGAGAUCAAUGUCGUCAACUUAUGGCAUUAAGUAUUAUGCCUAUUGAUGGAGUUGAACGUCAAUUUCAACGUGUACAAUCUAUUACAUCGUCAUCAUUAGGUGAUUUAUUAUUGUAUUUUAAAAAUCAAUGGGUGCAUGGUGUUGUUCCAAUUCAUAUGUGGAAUUUUCAUGAUGCCAACCAUCGAACAAAUAAUACUUCAGAAGCUUAUAAUCUUCGAUUUGCAACUCGAUUAUCAAAAAAACAUCCUAAUAUUUGGAGCUUUAUACAAUUAAUUCAAAGUGAACAUGUUCGUUUUGAACAUAUUUCAAUUCAACUUGAUGCUGGUGCAUCUGCACCGAAACAAUCGACAAAAACAAAAUCAUAUAUCACAGGAAGAGAUUAA